AUGGAUGCGUUUCGAGGGUCCAGUGAUGACAUUUCCUUGCAACUGGGGUUAAUUUGGAACCAAAUCAAAGAGCCACUGAUCGUGCCCCUACUGAGAAUUGCAGUGUUUCUGUGCUUGGCCAUGUCGUUGAUGAUGUUUGUUGAGAGGGUUUACAUGGGCAUUGUUAUUUGUUUGGUGAAGCUGUUUGGUCGAAAACCAGACAAACGUUACAAAUGGGAGCCUAUGAAGGACGAUGUAGAGUUUGGAAACUCGUCUUACCCAAUGGUUCUUGUCCAAGUCCCAAUGUACAACGAAAAAGAGGUUUAUCAGUUAUCAAUUGGUGCAGCAUGUGGGCUUUCUUGGCCUUCAGAUAGGAUCAUUAUACAAAUUCUUGAUGAUUCCACUGACCCAACAAUCAAGGAGUUGGUGCAAUUGGAAUGCAGUAGAUGGAGAAGCAAAGGGGUAAAUAUAAAGUAUGAGGUUAGGGACAACAGAAAUGGGUACAAAGCAGGGGCUCUCAAAGAAGGCAUGAAGCGCAGUUAUGUGAAUCAAUGUGAUUAUGUUGCCAUCUUUGAUGCUGAUUUUCAACCAGAGCCUGAUUUCCUAUGGCGCACCAUCCCAUUCCUUGUCCACAAUCCUCAAAUUGGUCUCGUUCAGGCUCGUUGGAAGUUUGUGAAUGCCAGUGAAUGUUUGAUGACUAGAAUGCAAGAGAUGUCACUAAAUUACCAUUUUACUGUGGAACAAGAAGUGGGGUCUUCCACUUAUGCUUUCUUUGGCUUCAACGGGACUGCAGGUGUAUGGAGAAUUUCGGCACUGAAUGAGGCUGGUGGGUGGAAGGAUAGGACCACAGUGGAAGAUAUGGACCUGGCUGUCCGAGCCAGUCUCAAAGGAUGGAAAUUCUUAUACCUGGCCAAUUUACAGGUUAAAAACGAGUUACCAAGUACUUUAAAGGCCUACCGCUACCAACAGCACCGGUGGUCUUGUGGGCCAGCCAAUCUUUUCAGGAAAAUGGUCAUGGAAAUUAUGAGAAACAAGAACGUGUCUUUGUGGAAGAAGAUACACGUAAUUUAUAGCUUUUUCUUUGUACGGAAGGUCGUGGCCCACAUCAACACGUUUGUGUUCUAUUGCAUUGUAUUACCUGCGACAGUUGUGGUCCCUGAGGUUGCAGUCCCCAAGUGGGGUGCUGUGUAUAUCCCUUCCAUCAUCACACUUCUAAAUGCAGUUGGAACUCCAAGUUCACUCCACUUACUGGUCUUCUGGAUUCUCUUUGAGAAUACCAUGUCUCUACAUCGAACAAAGGCAACAAUUAUUGGUCUACUAGAGGCUAGUAGAGUGAAUGAGUGGAUUGUCACUGAAAAACUUGGAGAUGCUCUCAAGGGCAAAUCUGGGGGUAAAGCACCCAAGAAGCUGCGAUUCAGGAUUGGAGACAGGAUUCACAUGUUAGAACUUUUUGUUGGAUUCUACCUCCUCUUCUGUGGCUGCUAUGAUCUUAUGUUCGGGAAAAACCACUUCUUCAUAUUCCUGUAUAUCCAAGCAUUUGCUUUCUUCAUCAUGGCAUUUGGAUAUGUUGGCACUUUCGUUCCCAACUCCUAG